AUGGAUUACGACCGCACACCCAAUUAUCCCUACAGGAGACAAACGCGCAACGAUAACUAUGAUGCAGCGUUAGCAGGUGUGUUUGCAAAUGCACCCCCAGGGGCUGUAUUACUCGACAACGCUGGCGGAAGGCCGGGGAGGGGAAGAGAAAGCAGUAAUGUGCACGAAAGGAUUAAUUCAAGGGGCGGCAACAGUAACGAGGACUGGGGAACGCAAAGAACAUGGGAUAGUGACAGAGGUAACAAAACCAGAACGGGUAACACCAAGGAAAACCCAAGACUUGGAGAUAGUAGAGGUCCUGCUAGAGGUUCUACGUCGCAGUACCAAUCCAAUAACACCUCCAUAGAUGUCGACCAAAAGGCAAUAUCAGAAAAGUUGUCUGCGUGGCAUUCGUUAGUAGACCCAGAUGUCGAAAACGUAAGAGGUGGUGUAGGCUCUGGUCAACUUCAUCGUUCAGGACGAAAUUACAUACCAGUGUCUGAGCAGGAAGUGCUAGAAAUUCAGAGAAAGAACAAAAAAUGGGGCGGAGGGAAAAGUAUGUUUUCUGUUUUUUCAUUAAACAAUAGAAAGAUCGAGACAAUGGGUAACGAGGCAGUUCGAAGAAUGGUACAAAGGGAAGAACAUAAUCAUAGUUUAUUGACUGCGAUGGAAAUAUUUGCAAAGCUAAUAUUGUUCGUAGGAUCAUCGCAAUUCCACAAGUAUGGAAGCUAG